AUGUCGGUAACAGUAGAUGCUAGUUGUAUGUACAGUUUCGAGAAGCACGGGAGUUUAGAAGAGGAAGAUGAUGAUCGGACGUCAGUGAGACCAUAUACCGGACUAAGAAGUGGUAGCCACGGCUCGCAGCGAGGAGUACUAAUCGUGUUGAGCGUGCUACCGUGGGGGAGCUGGGUGAAGAUGUGGCCAGCGCGCAAGCCCAGUGCAACGAUGUGGCCUACAGCCAGGGAAAUCAGGGAUGAUGGUAGGGCAGGGGUUAGCGGAGGCCAACUCGGAGAGAGGGAUAGGGAGGUCCUUGAGAGAGGGACAGGACAGGCCCAGGUCAGAGCAAGGGUGACUGGUAUAUUGGAAUAUGACGAUCAAGAGCCGAGUCGGUCAGGAGCAGACGGGACGGGCAGAACGCCAGUUGGAGGGGAAUAUGGAAUAUGGGCGUGA